UCCCCUCUCUUUCCCCACUCCAGGGGGUCAUUUGACACAACACGAAAUAAAUUUAUUUUUAAAGUAUUUUAUGCAUAGAUAAUAUUUUUUCAUGUGCCGUACAUUUUCGUUGGUUCAAAGGGGAAAAAUCUGAAAAAGAAAAAAUCCAUAUAACGAAAUGUUUGCUUUAUAUUUUGAUAAUAAAAUAUAAAUAUACAUUAAUAUUAAGAAGCUCGAGGUGGUUAAUUAUCACCUUGGAAAGUCGGAGUCAGGUGGAAUGGACUCCGUUAAAUUGAUGAACUAAUAAAGAAGCUAUGAACGAAAAGAUGUGAAUUAUAUGCAAUCAGCCCAUGAAUACAGGAAAACCAUGGCUAGUGACGAACAUAAGCAAUUAGCCCAAUAUCUAAAAGAUGUUCACUCCAACCUUCGUAUGAAUGCCGUAACUUUAGGAGCAAAAGAAGCAUGGACCAGGCACUGUAAAAAUAAAGAUACAUUAUUGACUUAUGCUGAAUAUAUGGAAAAGUUAGCCACUGUUUUCUGGGAAGAAAAUUACGGUAAUGAAGAAAGUUUAGCAACGUCUCGUAUUCAAUGGUCAGUCGAAUUAUGCAAAGACUACUUUAUAAAGAAAGAAUAUGUCAAGUUUAGUGCAAAAGAGUUGGAAAUUAGCAAAAAACUUAAUAUUCAGCUGUCUAAUAAAGAGUCAUUUGAAGAAACAUUAGAAUUACUAGAUGUGGGCAGUUGCUACAACCCCUUCAGAAGUUACAAUUUAUUCAAUGUUCUAGCCAUUGAUUUGUGUCCUGCAAAUCUGUAUGUUAAAGAAUGUGAUUUUCUAAAUGUACACAUAGGAAAAGAAACAAUAGUACAAGAAAAUAUUGUUAAAGAAUUGAAACAAGAAGCAUUUGAUAUAAUAACAUUCUGCUUUCUCUUGGAGUAUAUACCUAGUUCAGACCUAAGAAUAACAGCAUGUGAAAAUGCAUAUAAAUUAUUAAAGCCGGGUGGUUUGCUUAUCAUUUCAACUCCUGAUUCAAAACAUGUUGGAGCAAAUUGUAAAUUAAUGAAAUGUUGGCAAUAUACAUUAGCUUGCUUAGGUUACACAAGAAUUAAGUAUGAAAAGUUAAAACAUAUGCAUUGCAUAGGAUUUAGAAAAGCACUUUGUAAAGAUGUAGCUUUAAGGUGGGCGACAAUUCAUAAAAAACCAUACAUGGAUUAUUCAAUACAUAUACCCCAAGAUUUUUCCAAAAUAGAACAGAAUAAUAUAAUCCCAAACAUAGAUAUAUCUCCAGAUGAUUUUAAGGAGCUUCCUUUUUCAGAUUUUUAACAAUAA